AUGGCGGAGGAUCGAAAACUCAACGUAUCUUCGUUGAAGUCGAAAGAAGAUUCAGUAGAGAUCGAAUUGGAAGGGGUGGCACGAAACUCGUACUUGGUAAAUUCGUUAUUCGAAGGUAUAAACUCGAACUCGGAUGACGAGGAAAACGGGGACGGAGAUGAAGACCAAUAUGGGGAAGGAGAUGAGAAAGAAAGGGGGAAAGAAGACAGAUAUGAGGACGAAAACGGGGAUGAGGAUCAAAGGGGAGUUGAGGAUCAGGAGGAAAGUGAGGACGAAACUGAGGAUGAAGACGAGGAAGAUGAAGAUGAAGAUGAAGAUUAUCCUGUUGGAUUUGACCUUCCGGAUGAGCAGUAUCAUCAUCAACCAUUGUGCAAUACGGUUUUCGCUUCCCUCGAGGACGCUUUUUCAUCGGACGAAGAAGAGGAUAAUUUCAUAUCAAUUCCGAAACACAUCAGGGACGACGACGACGGCGACGACGAUGACAAUGACGAUGACGAUGACGAUGACGAUGACGAUGAGGAUUUUCUUCCGAUCCCAGUAUCGCCUUGGUUCGUCGAUCUUCCUACCAAGUCCCCACCAUCUGAAAACAUGUCGAAACCACUCAGAGACAAAGUCAAGAUUGAUUCCCAAACCAAUAUCGAUAUCGAUAUUCAACAGAAUGAGGAGAUGGAUCGAGAGCAAGAAGAGACCCGUCGAGUAUAUCAUGAUCUUUAUCCACCGAUAUACCAUGAAAAGAGACCAAUUCCUCUCAGAGAUCCGUGGAGGUUGAGAUCACCAGUUCAAAAGUAUCACUUUACUACCAUUAUUCAAUCUGUUAGACUGGUACAAAACGAAAAUAGGUAG